GCGGAGGGGCCGGCGGGGGUCUGAGGGUGGACCUCCCAGCAGGCACCGUCCUUUAGGGGCCACGGGGACCUCUGCCCCGUGCCAGCUGGGAAGUCGGGGAGUCCACGCCGGGCCCUAUGGGGACCCACACCUGCAGACGCCGGGCCUGGGAGGCGUGGAAGGACGCCGGUCUCCCGCUCUCCACCCCCAGCAACGAGGCCUGCAAGCUGUUCGAUGCCACCCUGACCCAGUACGUGACGUGGACCAACGACGCGGCUCUCGGGGGCAUCGAGGGCUGCCUGGCGAAGCUGAAGGCGGCAGACCCGGCCUUCGCCAUGGGCCACGCCAUCGCCAACGGCCUGGUGCUGAUUGGCACCGGGAGCUCUGUGCGCCCAGUGCCCCUGGGGAGGGGGCCCGGGGUGAUUGCCCCCGCCUCCCAGCCUCUGAUCGACACUCACCUGCUGCCUUGUCCCGGGGACCCUGAAGGAGGGAGGAGCUGGCCAAGGUCCCCGAACUUCCCCGGAGCCUGCGAGUUGUGGGAGCAGAUUCUACGGGACCACCCCACGGACAUGCUGGCCCUCAAGUUCUCCCACGACGCCUACUUCUACCUGGGCUACCAGGAGCAGAUGCGAGACUCUGCGGCCCGCGUCUACCCCUUCUGGACACCCGGCGUCCCCCUGAGCAGCUACGUGAAAGGCAUCUACUCGUUCGGGUUGAUGGAAACCAACCUCUACGACCAGGCGGAGAAGCUCGCCAAAGAGGCGUUGUCUGUGACCCCCACGGACGCGUGGUCGGUGCACACCGUGGCCCACAUUCACGAGAUGAAGGCGGAGGUCAAGGCCGGGCUGGACUUCAUGCAUGGGACGGAGGUGGUGCCCGCGAGGAGGCGGCUGCUGCACGGCAGGGCAGGCGGUAGAAGGAAGGACUGGCGUCCAGGCGUCCGCCUGCGCCCCCUGCUGAGGGCUCACCCAUCCCUGCAGGAGUUCCCCAGCUCCCUGGCCCUGGCGGCUUCGUCAGGUGCCCUGCACAGGUGGACACGGUGGGCCCUGUGCUGGGUGGACACGGUGGGCCCUGUGCAGGUGGACACGGGCUCGGACAUGCUUGCUUGUCACAAUUACUGGCACUGGGCUUUGUACCUGAUUGAAAAGGGCGAGUAUGAGGCCGCGCUGACCAUUUACGACGACCACGUAAGGCCCCACGUGUGGGUGCGGGACCCGGACACAGGAGCCUCACGCCUGCGGCGGUUUCCUCCCCGCGUCCUAGGGGUGUCUGUGGGCGAGCGGUGGCGGGAUGUCCUGCCCGUGACCCGGGAGCACAGCCGCGACCACAUCCUGCUGUUCAACGACGUCCACUUCCUGAUGGCGUCCCUGGGUGCGGGGGACGCCCAGACCACGCAGGAGCUGCUGACCACCCUGCAGGAGGCCAGCGAGUCCCCCGGGGAGAACUGCCAGCACCGCCUGGCCCGCGACGUGGGGAUGCCCCUGUGCCAGGCUCUGGUGGAGGCCGAGCGCGGGAACCCCGACCGCGUCCUGGAGCUCCUGCUGCCCGUCCGCUACCGCCUCGUCCAGAUCGGGGGCAGCAACGCGCAGAGAGACGUCUUCAGCCAGCUGCUGAUCCACGCGGCCCUGCAGUGCACCUCGGGCCCCCACAGGAACGUGGCCCGAAGCCUUCUGAUGGAGCGGGACGCCUUGAAGCCCAACUCGCCCCUGACUGAGCGGCUCAAGCGCAAGGCAGCGGCUGUCCACCUCCUGCAGUGAGCCGGCCGGGCCCGGGGCAGAGCCGCCGCUGGCGGGCGUCCUAGCUCAGGGGCCACACCGACAGGCCUGGGGAGUGGUCUGCAGCUUUAAACAGAGCCCUGUGGCCGGCGGCGUCACAGGAAGAGGGCAUGUGACUGUAUGUAAAGGUGAUUCAGAAUCUCCUUCUAGUCCUUGUUAAAGGCCAAGGCAGGUGCU